GUAAUGCACCAAAAGUUGGCUUGCCCACCGCCAAUAAACGUCACAAGAAGAAGACGAAGAAGAUGAAGAUGAUGUCUGAACGGCACAACUUUCAACAUAUUGAAUAAAAAUAUUAAUGAAUUACUGUUUAUAGCGAUGUAGAGAUCAGGAAUCGCAGUAAUGGCCUCAGAUGACGAAGUCAAUAUUCUGGUGCUGGUUCUGGAUGUUAACCCAGUUUGGUGGGGUCAGCAGGCUCAGCGCGAACCGAAGUUCACUCUUUCAACAUGUUUGGACGCUUUAAUGGUCCUGGCAAAUGCCCAUUUAGUGAUGUCAAGAACCAACAAACUAGCCGUCAUUGCAAACCUGUAUCAAGAGAGCCACUUCCUGUAUCCCAGUAAGCAGUGGAGAUCAGGGGAGGACAUAUCUGGAAGUACUGAUGGCAAAUAUGAACUCCUGUCAGCCACCAAUGAUCUCUUUGCGGAAGAGAUUCGGAAACUCAUGGAGAGAACAGAGGUCAGCGGCACGCAGACAGACACGCUGUUGGCCGUCUCUCUCUCCAGAGCUCUGUGCUACAUUCAUCGAGUCUCGAAGGAUGUGCAAGCUGGACAGGAAGUGAAAUCAAGGAUUUUGGUGAUUAAAGCUUCUGAGGAUUCUACAUUACAGUACAUGAACUUCAUGAAUGUGAUCUUUGCCGCACAGAAGAAGAAUAUCCUGAUUGACGCCUGUGUGUUGGACAGCGACUCCGGACUAUUGCAGCAGGCUUGUGACAUUACCGGAGGCUUGUAUCUCAGAAUUCCUCAAAUGAUUGCUCUGGCACAGUAUUUGUUGUGGGUGUUUUUACCGGACGCAGACCAGCGCUCUCAGUUGUUACUGCCUCCUCCGGUACACGUGGACUACAGAGCCGCCUGCUUCUGCCACCGCAACCUCAUUGAAAUCGGCUACGUGUGUUCAGUGUGCCUGUCAAUAUUCUGUAACUUCAGUCCAAUCUGCACAACAUGCGAGACUGCGUUUAAAAUGCCACUGCCUCAGGUGGCUAAAACAAAGAAGAAAAAGGUUAAAACGACAAACUGAUCACGUCCAGGUUACCUCAUCCACAAUUGUGUGUUGUAAUUGCAGUCCCCUAUUUGUAUGUUUUUGAAUAGCAUACUUUAACUGUAAUUUGAGCUUUGGAGGGGAAAUUGUUAAAAAAAAAAAAUGUUUUGUAUUGUAGCCUUAGUGUUGAAUAAAACUUUUUUUUUACAAAAACUAAA